AUGCAAGAUUGGCAUAAUGCCAACGAUGAAUGUUCGAAACAAUAUAUGAUCAGUCUAAUUAAUUAUCAAAAAAGAUCUUUAAAGACAUUAGAGGAGGAAAUUAAUAAAGUGGAGAUGGAUAUAUCCACACACAAAGAACAAAAAGCAGUAGAAAAUAACUAUAAGAUUCUGAAAGAUAAGAUUAAAGUGGUAGAUGAUAAGAUCUCUAGUACUAAAUCUACUAAAUUCAAAAGAGACCAAGAUGAUUACCAAAAGGGAAAUCAACGAAAUUGGCCUAGAUCUAAGAAUGACCAAAGACAAUCAGAAAACCACCCCAUUCAAAAUUAUAGAACUUCUAGAUUUUCUAGUUUCCGUCCUAAAAAAUCCUUUGGACGACGUUUUUCUAAUUCCAAUUCCAAUUUUCAUUCCAACACCUAUACGGACAAUAGUUCCAAAACUUCAUAUGCUUCAAAACUCUAUCCUCAUAAUUCUAAUUAUACUAGAUCAAAUAAAUCUCCUAACCAUCCUAGAUAUUUUAAAGGAAAUCAGGAAGUUUUUUUAGACAAGGAGCAAGACCAAAGGUUGGAUCAGACACAAUAUUCAGUCCAUACUCAAAACAGGUUCCAAAUGUUAAAAUCCCCCAUAAAAAAGAGACCACAUCUAGAAAUGGAGGAAGAAGACAUUCCUCUACAUCUUUCAUACAGACAAAAUUAA